AUGACAAAAACAGUAUUAGUCCCAAUAGCACAGUCAUCUGAAGAGAUGGAAGCAAUCAUUAUUGUAGAUUGUCUUAGAAGGGCUGGUGUAACUGUCACACUUGCAACAGUCCAUGAAUACUCUUUGGAGAUAACUGCAUCAAGAGGUGUAAAGAUUAUAGCAGAUGCAUUCAUAAAAGAUGUUGAUCAAGAAUCAUUUGAUGCUAUUAUUCUUCCAGGUGGUAUGCCAGGUGCUACCCAUCUUUCCAAUUGUCAGAUACUCAUUGAUUUACUAAAGAAACAAAAGGAAUCUGGUAAGUUGUAUGGAGCGAUAUGUGCAGCUCCAGCUGUUGUUUUGGCCAAACAUGGUUUGUUGGAUGGUAAACAAUCUUUCACUUGCUAUCCCAAUCCAACACACUCUGAUCUUCUAGGAGCAGGUUAUCAAAACAAAUCGGUCGUUGUCGAUGGAAAUCUCAUUACAUCACAAGGUCCUGGAACUACUUUUGACUUUGCCCUAACUAUCAUCCAUCAACUAUUGGGUCAAGAGAAAAGAGAUGAAAUAUGUAAAUCUUUAAUUUAUUCUUCUCCAUCUUGUUGUCAAUAA